CUUCCCUGCUACAGACUGUCUCUCCUUUCUCUUCCCUGCUACAGACUGUCUCUCCUUUCUCUUCCCUGCUACAGACGGUCUCUCCUUUCUCUUCCCUGCUACAGACUCUCUACUUUCUCUUCCCUGCUACAGACUCUCUCCUUUCUCUUCCCUGCUAGACUGUCUCUCCUUUCUCUUCCCUGGUACAGACUGUCUCUCCUUUCUCUUCCCUGCUACAAACUCUCUCCUUUCUCUUCCCUGCUACAGACUGUCUCUCCUUUCUCUUCCCUGCUACAGACUGUCUCUCCUUUCUCUUCCCUGCUACAGACUGUCUCUCCUUUCUCUUCCCUGCUACAGACUCUCUACUUUAUCUUCCCUGCUACAGACUGUCUCUCCUUUCUCUUCCCUGCUACAGACUCUCUACUUUCUCUUCCCUGCUACAGACUGUCUCUCCUUUCUCUUCCCUGAUACAGACUGUCUCUCCUUUCUCUUCCCUGCUACAGACUGUCUCUCCUUUCUCUUCCCUGCUACAGAUUGUCUCUCCUUUCUCUUCCCUGCUACAGACUCUCUCCUUUCUCUUCCCUGCUACAGACUGUCUCUCCUUUCUCUUCCCUGCUACAGACUGUCUCUCCCUUGUCUUCUCUGCUAUGGUCUCUUUCUCUCCUCUCUCUUUGCUUCAAGGCUGUAUGGUGUACGUUAAUCCCAUCCAAGGGUGUCAUUAGGACACGCAGCGAUACAUGUGUUGACGUCAAGCAAGCAGUUUACAGACUUCUUAACUGCCAAUUACAUCCAUGUUAUGAGUCACAUUUGACCUUCAACACACAUGAUGUACUAAUUUCCUGUCCAAAAUGCAUAGUUGGUCUUCAUGGGAUUUGAAUUUCAAUUAGAUUGGAUUAGACUGACAACUUAGUGACACCGUAACAUUUGAAUUCAAGCCUGUAUGGCCUCACUAAUCAAUCAAUAUUAUGAGAGAAGAUCGUUAUUGCUACAUGAAUGAACGUUUGAAUGAAUGAUAAUUGUGAUGAAAGAACCAUUACAUGUACCUGUUGGAUCAAAAGCCAUUGACAGCUGGUUUAGAGUGCCAGGGGACUGGUCACUCACAUCCAUGUGUGAAGCCACCAAUUACCACACUGAUUGGUCAAGCUACAGAUUACCUAACAGGAAGUCAUCAUCACUUCCACUGUGACCAUGUGACUCUUAACAUUAUUUAAAGGUCCUAGUCACGAAAUGGAAGGAUGCUAUCCUCCCCAAGAUGGUGCUACUGUGGAGGGCUUGUUGUUUGGUCCACUGCUUAACGUUGUGUUCUUUAGCAGUAUAUUCCAUGAAUGUCUCUGAGAAAUGCACGCAGGACACCAGGACUUUUCUCUCAGAGCUAAACAAGGACCUGCCCAGUGAAUAUGCUGCUUUAAUGUAUGAUGCCUUUGGGAAGAUGGGUAGUGAUGUGUUGGGGGGCAACGUGAACAGGCCUGGGUCUCUCCAGGAGUGUCUGUCUGUCCAGGGACCCUCCUUUACUGGGCAGUACUGCCAGGUCUUCCUCAAACAAGACCCAAUCCAGUACUUUGUUGGAAUAUGUGUUCCUGAUUCCUGUGUGGAAGAAGAGGUUCAGACACUAGUUGUUUACGAGACCUUCCAGCAGGCCAGGACCUCCCUGAUCCCUCCAGUACCGUCCACCCUACUGGCCCAGUCCACUCAGGGCCUGUUCAUGACCCAGUGUCUGUCUCGUACUGGUGCUCCAGACCUGUCUGCUGUCACCUGCCUGUUUGUGUGUUGUGCGUUGGUGGCCGUCCCCUUGACUGCAACCCUGUUCGUGGCCAUAGUGAGAUGGCAGAGAAACAGAGAGGUCGGCCCUGGAGUGGAGUCUUCUUCUCUGAAAACCAGGGACCCAAACCUCUACGGGACGCUGAUGUCUAACGGCACGUCCAGUGUUAGAGCCAGUAACAACAGCUGCUCUGGACAACUGGACAGCCAGAUGGAGCACUACACAGAGGAGGAAGUAGAGGAGGAGGAAGUGGAGGAGGAGGGGGGCAGUAAGAAGAGCAAGUACAUGUUUUAGAAUAGUCUGCACCGCAAA